UCAUGCUGCUGCCAGGUCCAGAGUGUCUCAUGGGUCCCUGUACGGCCUCCCAUUGCUGCUGUCUCCAUCGCCACACUCUGCCAUGUGCCACUUUCAGGUCUCCUCACACUGCUGGUGGGUUCCAUUUUGUCAUAGGGUGCUGGCAGAUUACGGGCCUCCCAUUGCUGCUGCCAGGCCCGUAAUCUGCCAUGGGCCCCUGUACCGCCUCCUCAUGCUGCUGCCAGGUCCAGAGUGUCUCAUGGGUCCCUGUACGGCCUCCCAUUGCUGCUGUCUCCAUCGCCACACUCUGCCAUGUGCCACUUUCAGGUCUCCUCACACUGCUGGUGGGUUCCAUUUUGUC